GGGGGAACUUGAGUAGCUGCGGACGCCUCGAGGAAGCGGCUUACUGGGGCUCGGCGUUGUCUUUGAGGGUUCUUGGAGGGAUAAGAACAGUGUGGCGUGGGCACAAAGAGGAUGGGCAGUGUUAGGUUGGUGCCACUGGAGAGGACCGUGCCCAGAAGUCUGUGUAGAAAGAGCAGUACCAGGAUGAAGACUCAUUCAGGAAACAAAGAGGUGCUCCAGGAGAGGGUACGAUGCCCACGACGGGGACCGCAAUGCAAGGAGGUAGCACCUAGAAAGAGGGCACCGAGAGCUGUCGCCGCCUCCCAGUGAAAGUCCAGUGCCGGGUGAAGGCGCGCUAGAUCAGUGUCCAGAAGAGGGUAGUAUAUAGUGGGGUGACAGGCAGUACCAAGUUCAAUUGGCAGCGUCCUAGGGGAUCAGAGUGUGAGGUUAGUGCCAAGCAGGGCCAAGGGAAGACGCGAGUGCUGAGAAGGUGAAUCCCCAGGGGAGGGCACAAUGCGGGCUUUCCUUUCCCUGAGAGUGACAUCAUGGCAAAUUCCCAAACCGGACAGACCCGACUCGGGUGACGUCUAGCUGGUCCGAGCCAGCUUGGACCAGCGUGGGGGACUUUGGUGGCAGUCCGAGGGGCUGGGUACUACGUCCCGCUGGGCGGGCGCUCUGCGGGCGGGGCUCUGCUCCACCCGCCUGCUGCACGGACUGUGCCCUCGGCCGGCUCGCGGCUCGCAGGGCAGGGCUCGGCCCGGGCUGGGCCAAGGAUCAAGGUUCCUGGCUGGGUUAGGCCCCCAGGCUUUGCAAGCUUCGGGAUCCGGGAUCUAAAGAGGGCGCCGUAGAGCCGGUCGCGGCGCGGUACCCGCCGGGGGUGGAACCUAGUUUGUCCCCGCCUUGGGCGGAGUCACCGGGCUUUGAGACUCGCCCAUCAGGCCAGAGCAGCUCCGAGGUGGCCUUUCCCGGCGGAAGUUCAGGAGCCCCGAGGGGGAGGCAGCGGAAGUGGCCGCGGUCCUGCAGCCUGUGCGCAUGCGCCCCCUGCCCGGCUGCCGCUUUUGGGGCGGUACUCUGCCCUGUCUUCUUUUCUCCGCGUGAGGGGGUCCGCGAAUUCCCAGUCGUGGCCGCGCGCUCCGCACCUCUGCAGCUCUCGUGCCCCUUACGAUGGCGGGCAUCCUGUUCGAGGAUAUUUUUGAUGUGAAAGACAUUGACCCAGAAGGCAAGAAGUUUGACCGAGUGUCUCGGCUGCACUGUGAGAGUGAGUCUUUCAAGAUGGACCUCAUCUUAGAUGUAAACAUUCAGAUUUACCCCGUGGACUUGGGUGACAAGUUCCGGUUGGUCAUAGCUAGUACUUUGUAUGAAGAUGGUACUUUGGAUGAUGGCGAGUACAACCCCACGGAUGACAGGCCUUCCAGGGCUGACCAGUUUGAGUAUGUAAUGUAUGGGAAAGUGUACAGGAUUGAGGGGGACGAGACCUCAACCGAAGCAGCAACACGUCUCUCUGCGUAUGUGUCCUAUGGGGGCCUGCUCAUGAGACUUCAGGGUGAUGCCAACAACCUACAUGGAUUUGAGGUGGAUUCCAGAGUGUAUCUGCUGAUGAAGAAGCUGGCGUUCUGAACCUCGUGGGAAACCAGCCUUGCUGCUUCGUCACUCAAGCUGUGGAUGUUGUUCAACCCUGAGUAGAAGCUGGCCGUGUUCGCCUUCUAAAGGGACUGGGCUCUGUCCGCUGUGGGUGCCUCUUCAGUUUGUCUGGAUUUGGUGGAAAACUCACUUGUCUGUGAAAGGCCAAGGGGGAGAGCUUAGCUUGAAUCUCAAGUUGUGUCCGUGUGUUUGUUUGUUUUUUUUUUUUAUUAAAGUUUACUUUUUCA